AUGCGAGGAAUGUUCCAAGAAGCAGAAAUGAAGACCCACGUCACACCCCCAGCCCCGUACACCGUAAUUUCAAGUGGGCGCUGGGACUCUUGGCAGGGUCGCGUUCCGGCGCCGAGGGCCUCUGCGGAGCCUGGCGCCCGUUCAGGUUCACAGAACAAUGACACUAAAAGACAGUUUCUUCUAGAACGGCUACUGGAUGCAGUUAAACAGUGUCAAAUACGGUUUGGAGGAAGAAAAGAAAUUGCUUCAGACUCUGAUAGCAGAGUCACUUGUUUAUGUGCUCAGUUUGAAGCUGUGUUACAGCAUGGUCUGAGGAGGAGUCGAGGAUUAGCAUUAACAGCAGCAGCGAUCAAACAGGCAGCGGGUUUCUCCAGUAAAGCUGAAACAGCUCCAGUGUUUUGGUACUAUGUGAAAGAAGUUCUGAAUAAACAUGAACUGCAACGCUUUUACUCUCUGAAGACAAUUAAUACAGAUAUUGGUAGAGGUCGGGCUUGGUUGCGCUGUGCAUUAAAUGAACAUUCCCUGGAAAGAUAUGUUCAUAUGCUGCUUGCAGAUAAGAAUCGACUCAGUGUCUUCUAUGAAGACUGGUCUUUUAUGAUGGAUGAAGAACGUUCUAGUAUGAUACCUACAAUGGCAGCUGGUCUGAACUCCAUUCUUUUUGCAAUCAACAUUGAUAAUAAGGAUUUAAAUGGGCAGAGCAAAUGCACACCCACCGUGUCUGAUUUGUUAAAGGAAUCGACGCAAAAUGUAACCUUGUUAUUGAAAGAAUCCACUCAAGGUGUUAGCAGCCUUCUUAGAGAAAUAACUGCGUCAUCUGCUGUCUCGAUUCUAAUAAAAUCUGAUCAAGACACUGACCCACUUCCUGUUCUCUCAAAGAAUGUAAAUGCUGAUUUGAAAUAUAAAAAAGAUCGAAAAAAGAAGAAGAGAGUGACAAAUAUUAUCUCAUUUGAUGAAGAGGAAGAUGAGCAAAAUUUGGGGGAUGCCACGAAGACUGUGAUUACAGGAGAAAGUUCAGAGGAGAGUCUAGACAGAUCUUCAGUUUUUGUAUUACCCUCAUCUGAAAGGACUCGUGGAAAAAACUUAAAUGAGAAUGAACGCAACCAUUCGUGGAUGAGCAAUUCAGUAUUCAUAAAUGGAGAAUAUGAAUACCAGAAACUAGAUGUGAAGAGCAUUGACGAUGAAGAUGCAGAUGAGGAUGAGCUAUAUGGAAAAACAUUAGGAAAUAAAGGCACAGAUGGUGAAACUGAAGCUUCGGAAAAGCCUCAUGAAAUAGGCACAUGCAAUUCUCAGAUAUGCAGUUGGACUCCUCUGCAGGUCCUGAAUGAUGACUCAGAUAUUCUAUUUCCUGUCAGUGCUGUUGGCUCUUACUCCCAAACGGGUGAUGUGGAGAAUGGGGAGGGGCAUGAACAUGUUGUUCAUGCGGUGGAAUUGAUUCCCAGAAGAUCUGACCUUCCUUACAGAGUGGAAGUCAGUCCUCCAGCUCAAGUGAAUACUUUAAGCAGUAUGUUGCCUUCAGCCACUGUGCCAGAAUCCAUGACAAUUCAUGAACUUCGUCAAGCCAUCGUGGCCAUGAUGAAUAGAAAGGAUGAACUGGAAGAACAGAAUAGGUCUCUGAGAAAUCUGCUUGAUGGAGAGAUGGAACAUUCUGCGGUGCUAAGGCAGGAAUUGGACAACUGGAGAAGGAAAGCAGCAGAACAGGAAGAGCGACACGCCACAAAAGUCCAAGCCUUGGCACGAGAAAAUGAGGUGCUGAAAGUGCAGCUGAAGAAGUAUGUGGGAGCUGUCCAGAUGCUCAGAAGAGAAGGUCAAACAGUGGAAGUUCUGCCAAACAUUUGGAGUACUGAUGGUGAAUUUACUGUUCCAGAACAAAAGCAAGUAGAAAACAAUGAAGAACUAGCCAGCUCUUACGAAAGGAAAUUGAUUGAGGUAGCUGAAAUGCAUGGGGAACUGAUUGAAUUCAAUGAGAGGCUGCACCGUGCUCUGAUGGCUAAAGAAGCUCUUGUGUCCCAGAUGAGACAAGAACUAAUUGAUUUGAGAGGGCCGGUCCCUGGAGACUUGAGUCAAACAUCUGAAGAUCAGAGUUUGUCAGAUUUUGAAAUAUCAAAUCGUGCUCUUAUUAAUGUUUGGAUUCCCUCAGUCUUUCUGCGUGGAAAAGCCGCUAAUGCGUUCCAUGUUUACCAGGUUUAUAUUAGGAUAAAGGAUGAUGAAUGGAAUGUUUAUCGAAGAUACGCGGAGUUCAGAAGCUUGCAUCAUAAAUUACAGAAUAAAUAUCAGCAAGUGAGGACUUUUAACUUUCCACCAAAAAAGGCCAUUGGAAACAAGGAUGCGAAGUUUGUAGAAGAGCGACGCAAGCAGCUACAAAAUUACCUAAGGAAUGUAAUGAACAAAAUUAUUCAAACUGUGCCAGAAUUCACAGCCAAUCCCAAAAAAGAGACUCUUAUUCAGCUGAUGCCCUUUUUUGUUGAUAUUCCACCUUCUGGAGAACCAUUAAGCAAAAGCAAUUGCUCGAGAGUGGCUACACGCUUCCCCAAACUAUCUCGCAGCCAUCAAAGAGAGCCACGAAGCCUGGAACCUCAGAGUGGUGAUCUCUGA